AUGGUGCAAAUAUCGAAUCUUUGGAGCUUUGGGCUCGCGACUGUGGUGUCUCUGGCAGCCGCCGCACCAACAAACUGUCUGGAUGGACUCUGCCUGAAAACACGCGCCAAUCUCAGCCCGCUACAAGUCAGUCGAGAACUCGGCCCGCUCCUUUCCAACGCCUCGAGUGUCUUCGGACCUAGCGAUUCACGUUGGGCAAAUGCCACGGCGAGAUAUCAGCAAUAUGCUGCUCCCAAAUUUACAGUGGCGGUCCAGGUUGCUCGCGAAUCUGACGUUUCAGUCAUUAUCAAAUACGCCAACCGCAACAGUCUUCCCUUCUACGCAGUUAAUCGGGGCCAUGGUCUUCCUAUCUCCCAGGCCAAAUUUAGUGGCUUGGAGAUCGAUAUGCAGCUUCUUACUGGAAUUACUAUACAAUCUGACGGGAAGUCCGCUCUCUUCCAAGGAGGAACGUAUGAUCAACAAGUCAUGGACACGCUAUGGGAGGAAGGCUAUGUUGCAACUACUGGUAGUUGCGGUUGCGUGGGAAUGCUUGGCCCAGCUCUAGGCGGCGGACAUGGACGCCAGCAAGGCUUCCAUGGCUUGAUUAGCGACAACAUUCUCAAGCUCAAUGUUGUGUUGGCUGACGGAACCACUGCAACUGUUUCUAACACCUCUCAUAUGGAUCUCUUCUGGGCAAUGAGGGGCGCGGGCCAUAAUUUUGGAGUGGUGACGAGCUUUGAAAUGAGCAUCUACCCAACCCAAGUUCAUUCAUGGUAUUAUAAGAAUUAUGUCUUCACGCAGGACAAAUUAGAGGACCUCUUCGAACAGCUGAACGUAUUGCAAGGCAAUGGAACUCAGCCAGUGAAGAUGGCCGCUCAAUAUGGCAUUUACAUGGUGGACUCUACUGUUAGCGCCACUGAGGCAAUUAUCUGGUGGACUUUUGGCUAUGCCGGCUCGCAAAGCGAGGCACAGCAGUACCUGACGCCGUUUGAUAACCUCAAUCCAUUCAGUUCUACUGAUGGAAAUGUUCCGUUCCCCGAAGUCCCCAACAUCCAGGGGACUGGGAUCAACAAUGCUACUUGUGAUAAGGGUCUUGAACGGAUAGUCGGUCCCGCUGGGCUUCAGGUGUAUAACGCCACAGCGCAACGCCAGAUCUACGAUCUUUUCAACAAAAACGUCAAUUCCUACCCAGCACUCGCCGCUUCAGCUGUUGUGAUGGAGGGCUACUCUGUGGAGGCCGUUCGAAACGUGGACUCGGAUUCAUCCGCCUAUCCUAUGCGAGAUGAUUACUUGCUCAUGCAAACCACCAUCUCCUAUUCCCCAAAUUCUACCCUCGACAAUGUUGCCAUAGAUUGGGUGACCGAGAACCAAAAGUUUUGGAACGAGGGCCAGCCAACACGCAAGCCCACUGCGUAUGUCAAUUAUGCAUCUGGCAGAGAAUCAUUGGAGGCCAUAUAUGGAUAUGAACCUUGGCGUUUGGAGAGGCUUCGGAAGCUCAAGGCCAAGUAUGAUCCUGAAGGCCGAUUUUCCUACUACAACCCAAUCGUCUGA